AUGUCAGAUCAAGACAUAAAAGAAUCGCAAACGUCACACAUAGAAGAAGACCCAUCUUUGUCUCCAUCCACUAAUAAUGGUAAAGAAAGAAGAAAAAUUGAAAUAAAAUUCAUUGAAAAUAAAACAAGACGACAUGUCACCUUCUCAAAGAGGAAGCACGGUAUAAUGAAAAAAGCUUUCGAAUUAUCUGUGUUGACCGGUACUCAAGUUUUACUUUUGGUCGUUUCUGAAACAGGUCUUGUUUAUACUUUCAGUACGCCGAAAUUCGAACCUAUAGUCACCCAACAAGAGGGUAGAAAUUUGAUUCAGGCUUGUUUAAAUGCCCCUGAUGAGGAAGAAGAGGAAGAAGAUGAUCAACAAGUACAACAACAGCAACAGCAAGUGCAGCAACAGGUGCAGAAUGAUGCAGUUGCCCAAGCACAAGCUCAGGCUCAAGCACAUGCUCAUGCUCAACAAGUCCAACAAAUGCAACAACAAGUUCAGCAACAUCAAUUACAGCAACAUCCAUUCACUAUAGACGGUUUUGCAAAUCCAAAAGUAAAUACCCAACAAUUACCACAACAACAAGAUACAAAACCAACUGCAAAUAAUGCUGCUUAUCAACAAUAUUUCCAAGAAUCGCAACAAAAUCAAUUUUAA